AUUUAAUUAACAGAAUAGAAAAUCUGCCUUGAAUCAGCGCCGACCGCACCGACCCGCCUUCAAUCGGCCGGCAGCACAAACGUUUCCAUGACUCGCCGGCAUCAAACUCACGACGGACCCCAUAACUCAGUCCAACAAGUGAGAGUUGUGGUACAAAACAGCCAUGGGGAAAAUCUUGUGGGAAUAUUACAUGAAACUGGUUCGAAGGAGGUUGUUAUCAUUUGCCAUGGAUUUCAAUCAUCAAAGGAACGGAUACCUAUGAAGAACCUUGCUCUCGCCUUAGAAAGGGAAGGGAUUAGUGCUUUUCGCUUUGACUUUGCUGGUAAUGGGGAAAGUGAAGGUUCCUUUCACUAUGGUAACUAUCACAGAGAAACGGAGGACUUGCGUGCUGUUAUUCUACACUUUUGCCAGGAGCAACGUUUAAUAUCUGCAAUUGUUGGACACAGUAAAGGAGGAAAUGUUGUUCUUCUUUAUGCGUCAAAGUAUAAUGAUGUACCCAUAGUUGUCAAUAUUUCUGGCCGGUUCAAUCUAGAGAGAGGUAUGGAAGGUCGCUUAGGAAAAGAUUUCUUGCAAAGAAUCAAACAAGAUGGGUUUAUUGAUGUCAAGAACAGAAAAGGAAAGUUUGAAUAUCGUGUGACUGAAGAAAGUUUGAUUGACCGGUUAACCACUGAUACAUGUGCAGCAUGUGGUUUGAUUCAUCAGGACUGCAGGUUAGAGAGUGAAACCAAAAAUUGCAAAAUUCAUCUUAUGUUGAUCAGUUGGCCUUGGUUUGGUGUCACCUGUCCUUUUGGAGGCUGUGCCUCUCUUGUGUUCAAACCCUGGAUCAUGCCUUUCGAAAAGGGGUUCCUCAGUUUUCAUGGCUUAAUUUUGGGGAUGGGGGCAGUUAUUGUCAUUGUGAAACACGAGAAGAAUAUCCAUCCUCAUGGCUAUAGCUUCCUAUACUUCUCAGUGGACUUCACACGUUGCACUCAAAGUGAAUGAUUUUUGCAUCCUUCAGUUAAUACAUUAUACAUGGUUGUUCUGGUUUCCUUGCUUGUAUAUUGAGUGUCAAUACUUUAUUCCACAGGGUUUUGACAAUUCAUGGAUCCAUGGAUAAAAUUGUUCCAGCUGAAGACGCCUUAGAGUUUGCCAAGUUCAUACACAACCAUAAACUACAUAUAAUGGAAGGGGCUGAUCAUGAAUAUACAUCACAUCAAGAUGAGUUAGCCACAAUUGUCGUCAACUUUAUAAGGGGAGAUUCUUGUGAGAACAAAGUUCCCCUGACACAGUCAGGAUCACAAAGAGCAAUGAAUGUGAUCAAAUCCCGAAUCUGAUAGCUUCAGAGCAUAUACAUUUGCGUUAAUGUGAACAAGGCCUGAAAUUUUUGGAUCUCAUUAGGUGCUAAUGCUGUGUCAAUUCUAGCUUAAAACGGAUAUAAAUUCUACAUUCUCAGUGAAUGAGGUGCACACUUAAAGAAAUGCUGCAACUUGUACCGCUCGACCUAGUACACUCAACAUCUCAUAUGUUUUAUGAAUUAGUAGAUUAUAUUCUCAUUGUAAACUCUCGUAUUAAAAUAUGAGAAGCCAUGAAAGUUUGAAACUACAGUAUAUAAAUUCUGUCUUUAACC